GCUCCGCACCCCUCACCAACCCGAACCCAUCCCUCGAGCCUACGAAUCCAUCCCUUGAGCCCACUCGAACCCUCCACCAUGGACCUCCUCCGCCGAAGAAACCAGCGCCGACCUCUCGCCGGGAAACGCCUCUCAGCGGUGAAACGGCCCUUGAAUGCUGGAAAACCGCUAGCCUCCGACGCCCUCCCCCUCCCCGUCUGGUUAACAAACAAGGUCUUCGUCGUCCUCUUCUUUGCCGCCUCGUAUUACCUCAUGCGCAGGUGGAGAGAGAAAAUCAGAAACUCGACUCCUCUGCAUCUCUUGACCCCCUCCGAGCUUAUCGCCAUUGUCUCUCUCAUCGCUUCUAUUAUCUAUCUCCUUGGUUUCUUUGGGGUGGACUAUGCCCAGCAUUUCAUCUCAGAGCCUGAGCCCCAAAACCACCCAAAAAAGCCGGAAAAUCGCUUAAAAAAACCAGAGAACCGCACCAAUAAACCAGAGGAGGGCACCCCAAAAUGCGACUCGGCCCCAAAAUUCGAUUUGGGGGCUGGCGAUGAUGAAUUGGUCGAUUUGGUUGCGUCGGGCUCGGUACCAUCCUACAGUCUAGAGGCUCGGUUGGGUGACUGCAAGAGGGCUGCUUUGGUGAGGAGGCGUGCACUCGAGAAAUCGACAGCCAAGAUCCUCGACGGGCUCCCAUUACAUGGCUUCAAUUACGAGACCAUAUUCGGGCAGUGCUGUGAGAUGCCGGUGGGCUAUGUUCAGCUCCCUGUGGGCGUCUGCGGGCCAUUGGUCCUGGACGGGGCCGAGUACACGGUCCCAAUGGCCACGACCGAGGGAUGCCUGGUCGCAAGCACGAACAGGGGGUGCAAGGCGAUUGCGAUGUCUGGCGGGGCGUCGAGCGUGGUGCUGCGGGACUGCAUGACAAGGGCCCCGGUUGUGCGGUUCAGGAGCGCCAAGCGGGCGGCCGAGCUGAAGUUCUUCUUGGAGGAACCCAUCAAUUUUGAUACUUUGGCUGUGGUUUUCAACAAGUCUAGCAGGUUUGCAAGACUUCAAGGGAUACAAUGCGCUCUCGCUGGUAAGAAUUUGUACAUGAGAUUUAGUUGCAGCACAGGAGAUGCAAUGGGAAUGAACAUGGUUUCAAAGGGUGUUCAAAAUGUGUUGGAUUUCCUUCAAAGUGAUUUCCCUGACAUGGAUGUAAUCAGUAUCUCAGGCAAUUUCUGUUCUGAUAAGAAACCAGCAGCCGUGAAUUGGAUCGAAGGAAGAGGGAAAUCAGUUGUUUGUGAGGCCGUAAUCAAAGAAGAAGUGGUGGCCAAGGUUCUCAAGACCUCUGUUUCUGCUCUUGUAGAGCUCAACAUGCUUAAGAACCUAGCAGGCUCUGCAGUUGCAGGUGCACUUGGUGGGUUCAAUGCUCAUGCUAGUAACAUAGUUACUGCCAUUUACAUAGCAACUGGUCAAGAUCCUGCUCAAAAUGUAGAGAGCUCUCACUGUAUCACCAUGAUGGAGCCUCUGAAUGAUGGCAGAGAUCUCCACGUCUCUGUUACAAUGCCCUCCAUUGAGGUAAUCAUCAAUACGGUCAAUUAGCAGUGAACAUGAAUUCAUGGUAAUUAAUGUGUUCCUCUAAACCCCUUAAUGUUACAUCAACAUGGAUAUACAUGUGUGUG